CCCGCUUGUUGCUAGCUGCUCCGACAGAUGCCUGGCUGGUUCGGGUUCCUGACUGCUAAAGGAGUGCUCGUCUGCUGCCUCCCUUCUCUACCGUCCGUCUCGUCGAUGUCCCUCUAGGUUGCAGAAUCCUGUUCCGGCCCCUGCUCCAUAUGCUCGUGACACGGACAUCCCUCGCGAGAUAGGCACGCCGCCGUCGUGCAUUUGCUGGGUCACUAGACCCCCUCCAAUUAUUAAACGCCACUAGCUGCUCGUUCGGAGAUCCUUUCAAACUCAUCUCUCCUCCUGCCUUUCCUCCCUCCUACCUUCCAGACAGAGCGUCCUCGCUGCCAUGACUCUCCCAUCGCUCGCGGGGCUGGUCGCAACCACCGUCAUCGCGGCCCUCAGUAGCGGUGUCGCUGCAUCGCCCGCUGACGGUCUAGCCUCUUCGGUCACCAGCGCCUUUCCCUCCUCAUCCCCCUCACCGACCGCGCAAACCCUUCCCUUUCACCUAACCGGUGCCGACCCGACCGGAGAUGACGAUGCUGGAGAAUGUCGGCUCCUGGGUCCUUUCUCGCUCCUCGUGCAGGCUGCGCUCGGGGCAUUGGCUCUGCUGUCGCUGGUCUACAAGCGCUGGAGGGAACGACCCCAGCGGCCCGUGAAGGUGUGGGCAUUUGACGUCUCGAAGCAAGUCUUCGGGUCGGCCAUGCUGCAUCUCGCCAACCUGCUGAUGUCGAUGUUCUCAGCGGGCCAGCUCGAGAUCAGGAGUAAUUACAAACCGAACCCAUGUUCUUUCUACAUCUUGAACCUGGGAAUCGAUACCACUCUAGGCAUUCCCAUUCUCAUUUUCAUUCUUCACAUUCUCAACCGCCUGGCCUCGUAUACUCCGCUUGCGAAUCCCCCGGAGUCCAUAGAGUCGGGCAAUUAUGGUCGUCCACCCCGCGCCUCGUGGUGGUUCAAGCAGUCCAUUAUAUACUUUAUCGGGCUCCUGGGAAUGAAAAUCUGCGUCUUCUUCCUCAUUCAGCUGGUGCCGUUUAUCGUCAAGGUGGGCGACUGGGCCCUACGGUGGACGGAGGGGAACACGGCCGUGCAGAUCAUUUUUGUCAUGCUACUCUUCCCCGUCAUCAUGAACGGUAUUCAGUAUUACAUCAUCGACACAUUCAUCAAGAAACCUUCGUCUCCGGAGGCUCUAGAAGAGGAGACUGCGGGUGAAGGCGGGGACGACCGCGAGCACCGCCACGCACUCCUAGCAGAUGAAGACCGAUCAUUUGAGUCAGACGAUGACUCCAUGGGCAAGGACGACGUGACGGGCCUGGAGAGCCCCAAGGAAGACUUGGUCCGGUUCGGGUCCAUCGAGUACAGCGCCACUUGCACUGCGCACAGCUCUUCCUCUUCGGCGUCGGCGUCCGCUCGGUCGGGCAGCAGCCAUGAAUACGGUCCGUUGGAAUCGGGGACCAAGCUUACGGCCCAUGAACGGGACUGAUAUGAAACUCCACUCACGUGCUUCAUGAUGGGCGUUGGUCGUGUGCAGGUUUUGCUUGUUUAUAAAAUUACUGGUUGGGGAGGACAAUGGGCGUGUAUAUGUUUAGAUCUUCAAUUUGUCUGUUAUUGCAAUAGCAACUUACCUACAUAAUAAC